AUGAACGGUGCUAAUGUGAAUUUUCAACAAACAGAAAAAACAAAGAGUACAUCGUUGCAUGUCGCCGCAUUCCGUAAACAUAAAGAUGUUGUCGAUUUUCUUUUGAGCAAUGGUGCAAAUCCAAGUAUUCGAAAUGUAUUUGGAAAUACACCAAGUGAAGAUGAGACGACCGAUGAAAUUCGAAAACUAAUAGCAACAUUUGAAAAAAAUCGUAUUGCUGAAAAAAAUUUGCAAAUUCAUUUGUUCAUUAGUAAUGAUCACAUGAGCACAGAGCCAAAUGUUAAAUUACAAUUAGAAAUGACAGCGACUAUUUUGGAUGUUAUUCAGAACAUACCCACAUCAAUUCUGAAUAAUUAUCCGAACGGUGUUCAGUUUUCUAUUGCCCGACGUCCAUUAAAUUUUCCUGAAGAUACAGAAUUACUUGAUGCCGUACAAAAAAUUCGUUAUAUUGAUGGAUUCUUAAUCUAUUUGCCGCUCUGUUUAGUUAUUCAUCAUGCUGAUGAUUUAUUACCGAAAGUGAAAAUGAAUCCCAAUAUAGUACCGAGAGGUUUUGUGGAAGUAGUUGACGGCGAUAAUAAAUACGAAAUUAUGCCAUUGGAUGAAAUAAAGAUAAUCAAACUGACCAAGUUAGAAUUUGAAUUUCCACCCAAUUGUGUCGAUGAAAAACUCGAACUUCGGAUUUCAUUCUUGAAAACAGCUAAUUGUGUUGCUAGAGGACUAAAAUCUUGUGCAUGUAUGUUUCUUAUACAAACAAAAAAUGACAAAAAAUUUCGUCAGACUCCACUGAUCAGAUACAUCAGUAGUAGCAGUAAUAAACGAGCAAAUUUAUAUGUAUUCAAUCAAAGAUACUGGUUUACACUAAACGACAAUAGAAUGAUUCAGUCGAACGCAUGUUAUGCCAUUGUUGAAGAUUCCGAAAUUAUUCCGAAUGAGCUAUAUUUAAAUCCAGAUAUGUUUCUAAAUGGACGUCUCGAACCAAGAGAUUACCCAAAGAAAUGUUUAUGUUUAAGAAUAAAAGAGAGGAAUGACAAGGACUUUUCCAAAACAGCUUAUCAUGGAACCAGUAUACAAGCCGUACGUUCCAUACUUACUGAUGGAUUGGUCAUUCCAGGCACUGUGACAGCGACUGGUAAACGUAUUAAUCCACCAGCGAAUCAUAUCGCUCGAGAAAGGCCUGCAUUCAAUAUUCCCGAUUUUGCUGGGGCUAUUUUCGUUAGUCCCAGCGUUCAUUAUAGUUGUGACUCUACAUAUGCAAUACAAUUUACUUUUAACGAUCAAUUAAUGGUGCCAGUGUUAGAAGUGGGAGUAAGACCAAAUUCUUAUACAAAAUUUCCCAGCACCGUAACUGAUUAUACUUUACAUGACAAUGAUAAUCCAGAAGAACUCGAAUGGAGAAUCAAUAACCCAUUAGAUACAGAAAUAUUUAAUGUUUUAUUCAUACCAGUAAUGGAAUCAAUUACAUUUGCAAGAAUAGAGCGAAAAAAGCGAAUUGUUGAAUAA